AUGUCGACCAUUACGCUCGUCACAGGUGCAAACCAAGGCAUUGGUCUUGCCGUCGCUACAACUCUUGCUAAAGGACACGGUCACCACGUUCUCGUUGGAUCACGCAAUAAAGCUGCGGGAAAGGACAUCGCUGCAUCUCUGCGUGACGCAGGCCACGCAGCUACUGGGAUUCAACUUGAUCUCAACGAUGACAAGUCCAUCGCAGCAGCUGUAGAAACAAUCCGCCAGGACUUCGGCCAUCUAGAUGUGCUUGUCAACAACGCUGGUAUCCUCAUCGACGGCAAGAUCAAGGAACAGAGCGCUCGCGACCUCUUCACGCAAACCAUGAGCACGAAUGUCGUCGGAACUGCGUGUUUGACCGAAGCACUUCUGCCUCUACUCAGGACUUCGGAGAAGCCACGCGUGGUGUUCGUCUCCUCCCGUAUGGGCUCCUUGCACCAAGCGACUGUAAAGAACACCAUGUUCUACGCUACCGACUACAAGGCCUACGAUGCGAGCAAAGCAGCCGUGAAUAUGCUGGCAUUGAACUAUGCUAGGAUCUUGGAGGAUAUCUCCACAAACCUGAACGGGUACACACCCUAUGGUGGUACUGUAGAGGAGGGCGCCAGGAGGAUUGUUGAGCUGGCCGCCGGUACGAAAGAUGGCGAUGUGACGAGGACUUUUUCAGAUCGGGACGGCUCAAUCGCGUGGUAG